AUGCUUGAUACACUUCCAAGUGAUAUUCUAUUAUAUGAUAUUAUUCUUCCAUUCCUUGAUGGGGAAUCUAUCAUUCAUCUGUCGCUUGUUUCUAGGUUUUUUUAUGCACUUACAAACGACGAGUUUAUAUGGAAAAAGCUCUGCAUUGAAGAUUUCAAUAUCUCUCAAGACAACGCUUAUCGUUUUGAAGGAUGGAAAAAGUUUUAUAAAGCAUUAAGAUAUCAUGUCAAAGUCUUUACUUGGGGAGAGAACUUUGAUGGAAGGUUGGGUCUCGACGAACCGCCAAGAAUGAUAUCACGACGUCCUAAUCGAGUGACUGUACCACAAGAGUUAGUGGCUUUAAGGAAUAAAUGCAUUAUUGAUAUUGCUUCUGGCGGUUGGUCUUUUCAUGCUUUAGAUACAGCAGGUUCCGUUUGGACGUGGGGAACAAUGCAGCAAGAUAUUACAGUAAGACAGUCUAUAGGCACAAGAAGAUUGAGAACGCCCACUCUCCUUCAGAGCGACAAUAAUGGAGUACAGCCGAAGGUACAAUUUCGUUCCAUUUCCAGCGGCAGAGGACACGUCAUUGGGCUAGCAGCGAAAGACAACAGCGUGUGGCACUGGUCAAAUCAUGUCUUGUUACAAAAAGUGGAGCUCCUUUCGUUUGACUCGCAGCACGACAAGAUAGUGCAAGUAGUAGCGAACUGGAACUAUUCAAGUGUUUUGACGGAGAAGGGGGAUGUUUAUAUUGUACCUAAACCUGAUUAUGUUAUACCGUCAGAGAUGGAUAGAGAACCAGCAACCACUGUAGUGGCACAUCCAGGUGUGUCCAUUGCACAGCUUUUUGAACACGCACAUGCUGACAGAUACGACAAGGAUAAGAUCGUCCAAAUUGCAGGCUUGGACGGUUAUACAUUGGCAUUAACACGCUUCGGUCGUGUAUUAAAGUUAGCAACGGGCGACGUAGAUCGGUUUACAGCCGUACCUUCUCAGCACGUCAUAGAAUUGGAAAAGUACAGCAGUUUGGAAAAUGAACACAAUGAUAGACAUCGAAUCAUGCAAAGAUUCAUUACGGGUGCGUUUAUGAAUUUUGCUGUGUAUACAAAAGAUAAAGUGCUGUUGGGAAAUACGGACGCCCAUAGUAGUACUGAGCCGAUACAAAUGCCUGAAUUGAAUCAUCGAGGUGUAUGCAAAGUUUCUUUUGGAGAUUAUCAUUACGGUGCACUGACGAACGAAGGCCAAGUAUUAACUUGGGGGAGCUUCAGUUCAGGCGCCUUGGGAUUGGGCAAUAUUUCACAUCAACAUCAGUCAACCCCCCACAUAGUGGAGGCAUUAAAGAAUCAAUUUGCAUUUGCUAUUGGCUUUGGUGGAUGGCAAAGCUCCGUGUUGGCUAUUGAAAUGAACGAUGACCGUCCUAUGAGCAGCCAUUCUGAACAGAUUGAAAAUGAGAAAGAAAUGGAUAAUAGCAGUAUGUUUAUAAAGAAAUGA